AUGUUGUCGGCUCGUGGAUUGAUUUUAUUCGUAUCUUUUGUGACAGUUCUGUGCGAGGAAGAAGCGUUCUUAACACCAUGCGACAUUACUGACACGGAAUGUUUACGAAAGUCGACACAAAAGUUCUUAGCAAAAACAGCCGCAGGUGUCCCCGAUUACGACAUUAGGGCUAUAGAUCCGAUGGUCUUACCUUCAUUGGAUCACUUGGUUAAUGAAGAAUAUGGAGUUUGGAAUCAUUUGAAGAACCUAAACAUAGUGGGUUUGAAAAAUCAGGACCUUUCAAAGUUCAGCCUAGAUACAAAAACAAAGGCAGUCGAGCUACAAACUAAAGUGGACCUUAGCAUAAAUGGGGACAUCACAGUGGAAGGGAAGAAAAGUGGAAAAUCAUUUCCCGGCUCGAUUUCAAUUAAAGGGAGUGCUUUGGGAACUGCCAAAUAUAACUAUGAUUUUAAGACUGAUGACAAAGGAGUAACCCACUUCGAAGUCAGCCCGGAAACCAUAACCUGUGAACCAAUUGGUGAAGCCGAAAUAAAGCUGGAUCCGGAACUACUACGGGAAUUGAAGAAAGAUCCUGAAAUCCAAGCAGAAAGAGAAAAAAUAAAAUCAGAAGCAACAGACAAUGGUAAUAGAUUAUUGUGUGCGAUAGUUGAAAAGGCGUAUGUAACUGUUGUACACAAUAUCAGAGCGUCUGCUAAAAUAUUGCCUAAGGAUGCAUUUUUGAAAGGCGUUUAA